AUGAUUAGAGAUGCUGCACUCGUAGGUGAUAAUUGCAAUGAUGUCUUUUAUUCUAUUGAUUAUGCUUCGAUACUAUCAGCGUCAACAUCAUUAUCUUUGACGACAUGCGAGUGUGAUGGAGCUGUUCUAAUGAAUAAUCCAAGAUUGAAAAGAAAGUAUGGAGUUGAAGAAAGUCGUUUAAUUCAAAUUUUGGGAUCUUGUAAUGGCUUCCUUUGUUUAGGUGCCGCUGCUAGUGAUGCGCUAAUUUUUUGGAACCCAUCAACCAAAGAAUACAAGGAAAUUAUGCUACCACCUGUCAAUCUUCCGUGGCCUUCCUACGGGUUUGGUUACGACAACAAAUUUGAUGAUCACAAGUUGGUAAGUAUAGUAGAGAAUGAAGUUUAUGUAUACACUUUAGAAUCGAAUACAUGUAGAAGAGUCAAUACCAUACCUUAUGGUUCUCUUGAAUCAGCAGGUUUGCUUCUGAAUGGUGCUCUUCAUUGGAUAGGGGCUACUGUGAUCUCAGAGUGUUGGGAGAUUCCCUUUGCAUCGUAUGUGGUGUUUUAA